GCCCAUCCUAUCUCGUCUGCGACGGCUUCCCCCUCUGUUCAAACACGGUAAUCCCACUCACAGUCCCAUAGUGCUUAGAAUGGUCUCCUCAGCAGCGGCUCAAGAUCAAGGCAACUUCAAGCUUCUUAAAUCUUUCCCCAUCGGUUACGCCCCCAUCACCGUCUCAAAAUGGAGGAGCGAAAAGACUGGAUUGACUGUUGUUCUCGGUAGUCAUCAAGCUCCUAUCACCAAUGGCUAUUUUGCAAUUGCCUCUGAAAUUUUUGAUGAUACUGGCCGUCCUCACACUUUGGAACACCUUGUGUUCCUUGGUUCCAAACAAUACCCCUACAAAGGCGUCCUUGACCAACUUGCCAAUCGCGCAGGAAGCAACGGGACCAAUGCUUGGACUGCUAAUGAUCAUACUGCAUACACCAUUUCCACAGCUGGCAGUGAAGGUUUCCUCAAGAUGCUCCCUGUUUACGUUGAUCAUAUCCUCCACCCCACCAUAACCGACGCCGGCUUUGUGACCGAAGUUUAUCAUAUCAACGGGGCAGGGGAAGAUGCUGGUGUGGUGUAUAGUGAGAUGCAGGCCAGAGAAAAUACUGCAGGUGAUUUGAUGGCCUUGGAAGGCCAAAGAUCCUUAUAUCCUCCUGGCUCUGCCUACAGGAGCGAGACUGGCGGUUUGAUGCACAAACUGAGGGUCUUAACGGCCCAACAGAUUCGAGAUUAUCAUGCCGAGUACUAUCAGCCAUACAAUCUAUGCCUCGUCAUUGACGGCGCAGUACCCAUCCCAGAACUUUUUGAUGUCCUUAACAAUCAAAUUGAUCCAAUGAUUCUUGCCAACAAAUCUGGUUCGGGGCCUAUCAUCCCCGCGGACUGGAAGCGCCCAUUUGUUCAGACUACAACUGCCAAACCACUUUCUAUCUCGAAGCCUAUCACCAAGACCGUGGAGUUCAUGGAAGAAGAUGAAUCUGUAGGAGAGGUGUUGAUCACCUACCUCGGUCCACCUCCCACUGAUUACCGCACCAAUUUGGCCAUUAGCGUUCUCGACAGCUACCUCACGCAAUCUGCUACUUCUCCCUUAUCCAAGGAGUUCAUUGAAAUCCCAAAGCCCUUGUGUACCGCCUUCAGCUUCUAUUCUAGUGAUCGAGUGAACAAGAACGAAAUAUCCGUCUAUAUUUCUGAUGUCCCUGCCAAACAUCUGGAGGACAUUGCUGGAUUGUUACAAGAGAAGCUGCGGAAAAUUGUGAGAGAAGAAGGAAUUGACAUGGAAAGGAUGAAGAGGAUAUUAAGGAAAGACCAGAGGAAGCUCUUGGAAUACAUGGAGAGUCGCGCGACAGAGGUUCUCUCUGAUGCGAUCAUCGGGGACUUCCUCUACGGUAAGGUAGAUGGUAAAGAGCUUCCUCUUGCCUUCAACGACAUGGAAGACUAUUCCAGUCUCCAUUCAUACACAGCCGAAGAGUGGCUGGCUCUUCUUGACAAGUACUUCGUAUCCGCUCCUUCUAUCACCAUCGUGGGCAAACCAUCUGCGGCCUUGUCGGUCAAAAUCGAGAAGGAAGAAAAGGAAAGAGUGGCAAGAAGGAAGGAGGAGCUGGGAGACGAGAAGCUGAAGGCGCUCGAGGCCAUGUUAGAGGCGGCGAAAAAAGAGAGCGAAAUCCCCCCUCCCAAAGAGAUGAUUACCAGUUUUCCUAUUACCGACCCUUCAAGGUUGACCUGGGUUCCUGUCGAGACUGCAAUCAAUAACGCAAUCAAUGACAAUGUCAAGAGUGAUGGGGGCGAAGUGCAGCGAUUCGUGGAUGCCGACGGACAUAGAUUGCCCUAUCAGACUCACUUUUCUCAUGUCAAGUCGAACUUUGUGGUGGUUGUAGCCUUAUUUGACACUAUCGAUGUACCCAUUCAUCUAAAGCCUUACCUCACAAUCUUCCAAAACGCCCUGUUUAGCCUUGGCGUAAAACGCGCUGACGGAACUGUGCUUUCUCACGAGCAAACUGUCAAUGAGCUUGAAGAUCUGACUGUAUCGCAAUCGGCACAUUUCGAGUUCAAGGGCAACUUUGCGGAAGUUAUGGCAGUUACACUAAAGGUCGAAAAGGCUCAAUACGAGCAAGCUGUAGCCUGGCUACGCGAUCUCUUGUCCGGUGCUGUCUUUGAUAGCAAGCGACUUUCGGUCAUUGUUGCGAAGCUCGCCCAAGAGCUCCCUACUGAAAAACGCGACGGGAACACCAUUGCUACUGCUUGGGCUAACAAUCUCACAUACGACGCUAGCAAAUCUUCCUCACAAGCUUGUGAGCUGUUGAACAGGUUACAUUUCAUCCCACAUGUCGCCGAAAUGUUGGAGAAGGAACCAAACGCAGUCAUUGAAAAAAUGGAGGAAUUGAGAAAGCACUUGCUUGAUCCAAGAAAGAUGAGGGUGGCCAUUCAGGGUGAUAUCCUCGGUUUGCAGAAACCUCUUUCUGUUCUGGCUCGGUCUUUCUUGCAAGUUGGCGAGGCACUGCCCCUUGAGCCUCUCUCGACAUCCCAGCAAACACUGACAACUUUGGGCAAAAAUCCGAGCAAGAAGUGUGUAAUCAUCCCAAUGCCGGCGAUUGAAGGCUCUUACGCUACAUUCUUCGCGACUGGUCCUUCUGGCCAUUCUCAUCCUGACCUUCCCGCCCUUCGUCUCGCCUCCUCCUUGCUGAAUGCUUUGGAGAGUUACCUAUGGAAGUCGAUCAGAGGCUCUGGAUUAGCUUAUGGAGCUCAUGUCAUGGUGUACCCCGAAGCUGGAUUGGUUGGAUUCAGUGUCUAUAGAAGUCCGAAUGCGAUGUUGGCGUACCAGGCCGCAGGUAAGAUCAUGGAUGGUUUGGUUGAUGGUUCUGUUGAGCUUGACCAAGACCUGGUGGAUGGCGCCCGUUCUAGCAUGACUUAUGACUAUGCUAGGCGGUCGGAAACUGUCUUGGGUGCCGCGGGUACCGCCUAUCUGAACGAAGUCUUGAAGGGUCUAGGUAAAAAUGCCGAUCAGGAUUUGCUAAAGAGCCUUCCUGGAGUCACCCUUGAACAGGUCCGUGAUGUCAUCUCGAGAUACUUUUCACCACUGUUCAAAGCCGAGACCUCCAUCGGUGCCGUGACAGUGUCCACGAGCAAAACCGACGAAGUGGAAGCAGGCCUUAGGAAGCUCGGCUUUGAGACAGAGAGGAAAGAGUUACCGGUCUUGCAAGGAGAUGAUGAGAGCGAGCAUGGAAGCGACGUGGAUAUGAAUGGAAGCGAGAGUGGGAGUGAGGUCGAGCGAUAGGAAGAACAACAAAAGCUUAUUGUAGACCAUGCACAAGUAAAAGUUG